UUGCUUUUUAAUCGCUCUUUGGGUGUUGGAUAAAUAUGUCCAGCAUGGAAAGACUGCUUACCAAGCCCGAGUAAGAAACAACAAACCCUCCUAAACGGCAGGUCUAGGUCCAUUCACGCUCCAGCUUCGCUUAUCUGUUUCGGCAUCCGGGGGCGCCAUGAUCGGCGCUGUCUGCUUGCCUCGAGGGACCUGCCAAAAUCCUUUAGCGCCACAGAAGCCUCUGGCCACUUGGAAGAUGUCGGUGUGAGCACGGCAGGCUCCAGAUUUCCAGAGGGUGAACUGAACAAGACGGGAAAUUCCAUUGCUCUCCUAAGGCGGCACCCGUGUCUUGGUGUCCAGGUUCCUCCCUUCCAAGAAUGUAGGUACCUGGGCUCUGUUGGGUAAAGACGGGCGAUGUCUUGGUAGGACACCACCAUGAUCACAGGUGGUUCUCUGUUGAUAUAAUUAGGUCACAUCCAGACCACUGCUGGGUGUCAGUUCGUGUGUUCUGGUUUGUUUCCUGAAGACGGUUCUGAGAUCACUAUGGCCUCCGGGAACUUGCCUGGUGAAAACAGGGCAUACCAAAUCGAGGCCCCUUGCAUCGUCUUCUUCGUCCUAGCGCCAAUCUUUGUGGGCGUUCGCCUUUGGGCGCGCAUCAAGCCGAGAGGAUGCUCCGGACUAGGCCUGGAUGACUGGACUAUUGUUCUUUCAACGAUAUUUGCAACUGUCGUAUCGGCAUUGAUGGUAGCAUCAUGUGCCCACGGCUUUGGUCAGCACAUUGCCAACCUUACCAAGCCCAACAGGCUGAUUACACUAAAACUGUUCUACGUCGCUCAAGCAUUUUACAAGCUCACCAUCAACCUCACCAAAGCCUCGAUUCUCCUCCUCUACCUCCGUAUCUUCCCCAAACAACGGUUUCGCAAAACAUGCCUUGUUCUUCUAACCGUCAUUCUUCUCUACAUGGUCGGAACAACUGCCUCUUCGAUAUGGCAAUGCAACCCGAUUCCGAGAGCUUGGGAUAAGUCCAUCGCCGGCACCUGCAUCACCAUCACGGCAAACUGGUACGCAAACGCCGUGUUCUCGAUCACGACCGACCUGGUCAUCCUCGGGCUGCCCAUGCAUUCGAUCUACACCUCUCAUCUGCCGACAAGCCAAAAGCUGGCAUUGAUGGGUGUUUUCGCGCUUGGUCUAUUCACGACAAUAACCUCGAUUCUACGGAUGACAACGCUCAAUUUUUCGUCAACCAGCCCAGACAUCACCUUCGACAUCGACUCUUCCAUCUGGACCAUGAUCGAGCAAAACCUCGCUAUCAUCUGCGCCUGUCUUCCCGUCUGCCGGCUUCCCCUGUCAUACAUACUCCCCUCGUACUUUUCCACCACCUCGCCAUCAUCUUCGUCUUCGAUGCCCGCCAUCAAGAUGAAGCCGAGGAUACACAUCGGUGGCUCGUCAAGCUCGACUCAGGAGUUCAACGGCCAUAUCUCGGAUGCCGAGGGGGGUUAUGAAAAGAGGAGAUAUGGACAAUACGGGAUUGACAAGGGGGUGAUUGAGACGUCUGUUGGGGUCGUCAUGCCGCCUGCUACACCUGUUACCGCUGGCAGGCCGGAUACAUCGGGGAGUAGGAGAACCAAGGCUGAGGAGUGGGUGCAGCAGCAGAGACAGGAACAUGAAAACUUGGGUAGACAAAGCUUUCAUGGCUCGGUUCUUUCUGCUGGGAGGAGUGGCCACGGUUCGGGCGAGGAGGGGGAUAGACAGAGCGAAGGGGCGAUUCGGAUGGUGAGGAACUAUGGUGUUUUGUCUGAUGGGAGGGAGGUAGAGCCGCAUGCACAGGUAAGAUGAGCAUCGAACUCAGGGUUUGAGGAGUCCGAGGGGUGGGGUUGACGCGGUAUAUGUUCCUAAUGAUAUCUACAUACCUAUCCAUAUUCAUAAUGACAGGCCAAUCGUCUCCAUGAACCAGGCGAGAAUGGCAUGGUUAGAAAUUCAAUUUUAUCAUGGGAAAGCCAGAGACAGGUACAAACCCGUGGCAAACGCUGUUCCUAUCACCA